CUAUCAAAGGUUCCCGGAGACAAAGUUCUUGUUGUGGAUGAUCAAAUAAUUGGUCCCCUUGGCCUAGUUGCUCCUUCUGCUCUUCUCAAGGAACACAAUGUUAGGAAAAUUUUCAAACUUUCCUUAGAAAAGACUUUUGAAACAAAUUACAAGAAUGUGAUAUACAUUGUUAGACCAAGAAUGGCCUUAAUGAAAUGGAAAACAAAAAAGAUAAAAACCGUCAUUGAUGAAAAGGUUAUUGAAGAAGACUACUACCCUCCAGAAAAUUUCUCCAUAUUUAUGGUCCCAAGAACAAAUCUUAUUUGUGAGAAAAUACUUAAGGAUUGUGGUGUGUAUGCAGAUGUAAAAAUUGGAGAAUUUGUUUUGGAUCUAAUAGUAUUUGAUCCUCAUAUUCUUUCAAUGGAAUUAUCUUCAUCAUUUAAAGAAUGCGAAUUAGAUGGUGAUUUUUCCUCUCUUUACAAUGUUGCUAGAUCUAUUAUGAAGCUACAAUCUUUUUAUGGUUUAAUACCAAAUGUAAAAUACAUUGGAUCUAACGCCAGUCAUGUUUGCGACAUGAUAAUGAGAAUGAAAAAGCAGGUUGGUUCUCAGGUGUUCAGUGCUGUUCCUGAAAUCAAUACUUUAAUCUUGCUUGAUCGUAAUGUUGAUCUUGUUUCACCACUUCUUACUCAACUCACUUAUGAAGGAUUGAUAGAUGAAAUACUUGGGGGAAUUACUAAUACUCUCUUCACCACUGACUGUUGUCCAGACAGUAAAAUGAGUAAGAAGAAAGUUCCUCUUAACUCUUCAGACACUGUGUUUGAACGUGUUAGACAUUUAAAUCAGCAAAGAGUUGCUGCAAAGCUGCAGGAAAAGGCUCGUGAAGUAGAUGAAAAAGUCAAGGAGAGGGAUGAAUUGAAACAAUCUAUUGAAAAAAUCAAAACUUUUACAAAAUUGUUACCUCAAAUACAAGAAGACAAGAGAAAUCUAGAAAUGCAUAUCAAUAUUAUGCAACAAAUCAAAUCAAUUAUUGGUAAAAUGCCUUUUAGAAAAUCGAUUCAAACCCAAAAUGCAAUUUUAACGGGAGAAGAUGAAAAAUCCACUCUGGAAUAUAUAGAGGAAAAUAUUGACAGACAACAGCCAUUUGUACAAUUAUUGAGAAUGUUAUGUUUAUAUUCCGUAAUUAAUGGAGGAUUUAAACCAAAAGUCAUGGAAAAAUUGAGAAGAGACAUUUCUCAGAGUUAUGGUAUUCAAGCGUUACUUACAUUAAAUAAUUUGGAAAAAGUUGGGCUAUUGAGAAAACAAGAAGGAAAACCAUCGUCAUGGAAUUACCUAAAGAAGAAUCUUAAUCUUUAUGAUGACAAUGUUAUGGACAGAAAUGAUGAGGAGGCACACUUCGAUCCACACGCUGUGUAUAAUGGUUACUGUCCGAUUUCUGUAACUCUUGUUGAGAAUGCAAUGAAUGAGGAUAAAGGAUGGAAAAAAAUAGAGCCAGUUUUGAAUUAUAUUUCCACAAAGAGAGGAGAAGAAACUCAAAAAGGAUCUCAAGAAACACAAUUAGGAAAGAAAGUUAUUCUUGUUUUCUUUAUUGGAGGUGUGACUUUUGCAGAAAUAAGUGCAAUAACUUAUCUAAAUGAAAAAAGUAGUGAUUGUGAAUAUAUUGUAGCGACAACUAAGCUCAUUAAUGGUUGCACUUUCAUUGACUCUUUUAUUGAGGAUGUUGGAGAAGAUGAUAAAUCAUUCAAAAAGAGAGCAAUGGAAUCCAAUUCUGAAGGAAUUUUUUCUGACUCUAAAUCCUCUAUGGUUGAUGCAAAUGCAGUUGUAAUACCCGCUACACCUGAGAAUAAAUAA